AUGAGCAACCAAAACGAUUCGACUUCUGGAAGUGUCACUAAAAAGGAUAUUCUUGCUAAAAAGAAAGAAUAUGAAGUUCCAACAAUCUCUUUUGAAAAAAACAAAAACUAUCCAAAUGGUCCAAAAAUGGCAGUUUUUGUUCGCCCAUCGCAAAAACAUUUGGUGGACAUCAAUAUCAAAUUAACCGACAAGACUCAUUCCGACACUUUGGAAAAUGUCAAGACCCAAAAAGGUAUGUCCUUCAGAAGAAAACAAGCAAAUACUAUAUCAGAGUGUUAUUUUUCAGAAAAUCCGUCGUCGGGUAAGAAAGGAUACGUCGUUCCAACAAUCUCCUUCCCAAAGAACAGCAACUAUCCAGAUAACCCGCAUGUGGCCGUUUUCAAUCGCCCAACAGAAAAAUAA